ACGAUAAGGUAAUAUUGCAGUAGUGGUAAAGAGCUUGAAUUGAGCUAAAGGCUGUGUGCCGGGCUAAAAGCACUGGCUAUACGCUAAGUCACGUGCAGUGGCACCACGUGACUGGCACCACGUAAUAAGUCCCCCCCUUCAGACUCAAAAGACGACGUCCUCGUCGCAAUACAGCCAUUCUAGGCUACCCAAAUAAGAAGUCUACUAGUAUGGAGCGUCCUUCUCCCCCCCCUGUAAGACAAGCAAGCAAGCCAUGGUAACGUAUAUCCCAAAAUAUGCCCCCUACUUGUAUAUUGCCUCCUUUUCUACCAUACUUCUUGUUCGCGCCGUAUCCAGUCUUAAUAACCUCCCAAUUGCAACUACCAUGUUAAAGACUUGGGGAGGUGAGGAAUCGGACGACUCUGCCGGUGAGGGUGUAUAUGGCACGAAGCUCUUUCUGCAGGGGCGAGGGGAAUAUCGCUUUGUUACUAUAGUAAUUCGUACCGUAUCGUGAGGUCAAUCGAUCGUAAUUAUUGCAUUGCUACCAUAUGUUACGAUAAGGUGAUAUUGCAGUGGU